AUGGCCGAGCCUAACAAGAUUCAAGAAACUCCUCCGAAAGGAGAAUACCAUCCAGCCGGACCGGAUGACCUGCGAUCCCCAUGUCCAGUCCUCAACUCCCUCGCCAACCACGGCAUCAUCGCCCGAGACGGACGCAACAUCACCGCCGCUGAGCUGAAAUCCGCCGUGAGAUAUCUCGGCCUCGGCAUCGACGUCGCCACCGUCCUCGUCAACGGAUCCUUCCAGGUCCACUCCGAUGAUCCCAAGAAAACAGGCGACGGGGCACGGCUAGGCCUCCGCGACCGAGACCAAGUCAACAAGGACGGCGUCCCCGUCCUGAACCUCGACCAGGUCGGCCGCCCCCACGCCACAGAGCACGAUGUCUCCAUCACGCGGCAAGACCGCGCCCUGGGUGACUGCAUCCGCGCGGACCCGGUCCUCCUGAAACGAUUCCUUGCGGCGCCGCGCGCCGACCAGGGAUACAGCGCGUCGGAUCUUGGGCGGUAUCGCAAGACGCGGUUCGAGGAGCAGCGGAGCGAGAACCCGGAGCUGGACUUUGAUCGGCAGAAGCAUUACAUUGCGUGUUUGGAGGUGGGGGCGAUCGAGUGUGUGUUUGGGGAGGGGUUCCCGUACCGCGUGCCGGAGAGGUAUAUCCAGGCUCUCUUUGCGGAGGAACGGUUGCCCCUUGAUCAGGGGUGGAAGCCUAGGCGGAUCCCGAUGAUGCUCCUGGAGCUUGGGGUGGUGGUGUUGAGGAUUUCGCAUUUUGCUUGGCCAUUUUAG